GAGUUCUCUUCAAGAAAACGUUCAAUUAUCAGGCAAACCCGUUUUGCAGAGCCGAGAAAUGAAUCGGGAGGUGAAGUUAAUCGAAUAUAUAGAAACUUUUAACGCUUCUUAUGUAGAAGAGCUAACGGUGUCAGACGAUGCCGCAGUGAAAUACGAGAUUCUGCCUGAACCAACAUCCACCAAUGCCUCGGAUUGCGCCUGCAAUGCCCUACUGUCGCCAAUGGAGGAGUUGGAAGACAAGGUUUCCGCUCAGGAGCAGCGCGUCGCGCAACUGGAAGCGUUGGAGCCUAAGGUUUACGCUCAACAGGAAUUGGAGAAACGCAUCGCGUGGCUGGAGGAGCAGCUUUCCUCUCAGCAGGCGAUGUUUUCGACGCCACCAGUCGCGAUGCAUGUGCAAGUUACCACCGUUCCUGCUCCAUCUGACCCGCAGCUCCCUGCUCCAUCCGACCCGCAGCUCGCUGCUUCCAAUUCAGAUGAGCUUCCGCAGCUUCCGGUGCGCUGCCUGGAGCAGCUCAUGAAUUUGGAAGCAGCAUCACCACAAUGCUUCCCACACGUGCUAAAUUACAUGCUGGCCAAAAGAAAACGCGGCCCCAAAUUGAAAGGUGACAAAGUUUUGAAAAAACUAGUUGAUUUCUAUUUUGAACGCCAGUUUUUAAAUACAUGUGUGUGGAAGAAGCAGAGACCCAAAAGACCUAUUGUGUUGUCGAAGUAUACAAACACCUUGCGGGUGCUGUAUAAUGUAACGCAGCAUUACGACGACACCUACGAGUAUAACGAGUUCGAAAGGAAAAUGUCCUUAUACGUCAAACACUCGCAGUUUAGAUCCAAAACCGAACCUCGACGAUGUGUGUAACAAAAACAACCGCACCCCAAAGCACCAACGCAACUCACCCAAAAACUGAGGGUGCCUUCCACAACACGUUAGAUAGAAGAUAGAGAGUUUCUGAUGUGGCUGCAACUUUGACAAUCUCUGAUGCCACAUUCUCGGACUGGCAUGUAAUCUUUGGUAUAACAGGGGAACACAUGGUAAUAUAACAUUGAAUUAUUGAUGGUUUUGCAGUUUGCAGCUGUAUUUUAAACGAGAUUAGCCAAACAUCUCGUAUGGUGGAAACGUGAUCGCGGCCCUUGAUCCUCUAGCAGGAGAUCGAGCAAAAGCAGCAGGUUGGUGAGCGAGUGAUCAUCCCUCGAAGGUUCUCUUCCCUCACCAACACGUCGUAGAAGGGCGAGCUUGCGAACGGAUUAAGCAUGAUUAUUCCGUCCACAAACGCCAGCAAAAUAGGAUCAUCUCGAAGCGCGUUUCAUAGAUUGGAGCAGCAGCCCAUCGUAGAGGACACCCUAAGCAUUUGCGUUUCGCUGCUACUUAGCGACUGCUUUUUUAUGCCGGCGUACUGAUGGUCGCUAGCAGGAUUAUGUUCAGCCGCAACUUAGGACAAACGAUUUACGAGAAACCUUGUUAAGAAAACCUUGUAUUGUUAAGUGCAGCAAUCUGAAGCUAACGACGCGACGAGGAUAAAAUUUUGAUGAUUAUGACGACAAUUAUGAUAACAUAUUUUGCCUAAUGGUGGCUACUAGGGGAACAACGAUAGCAAACAAUGCACACACACACACACCCGAAAGACUAAGAAUUCCUUCUUAGUCAUAUAUAAGAAAAUGCAGUAUGCAUUUACACCGUCUAGUACCAUCAAAAAACAGAAUAGAAAACUAGCAACUUUAUGUUAGUAAUCAGGCACUAUUUUAGGGGACUAAACUAAUACUGUAAAAGUGAGCUGGCUGAAACACUGGACAACCUCAUGUUGUAAUUACUACCUUGUAGUUAGUUAGGAAAAUAGUUCUUUGCUUGGCAUUAUCUUUGCUAAAUAAGUUUCUCUUUCACUGUUGUAAAUAUUGUUCAGUUUUCUUAAUAAAAUAAUUAUUGGAU